GAGGCAAAAAAAAUAAUAUGAGCGAACAAACAGCGUGGGCCGCCACUCUACCGGAAAUUACAUUACGUGACAAGGUGUGGCGUUACAAGGGCGAGGGCAACGCCAAUGUUGUUUUGUCGGUGCCUGCCGAUGGAAUAGUUGUGCGGGCGAUGAAAGAGGGUAACAAURGCGGUGGUGUAACUUCCGCGGCGGCGGCCGAAACACUAUCCGURCGGUUGAACUUUUGCGACGCCGUCAAACGUUCAUUCUUCAGCGGCGGUGGCCGUCACGUAGACGUGCCCGUACCGAUGCGAGUGUCCGCCGAAGAGUUGCGUGAAAUUGACAGGCUCAUCCGGCCGGACAGACCGCCGGACCGGAAGCACAAAAAYCUAGUGUGGGCCGGAGGUCUGGUAGCCGUAUGUCCGGAUUACACGACGCUGCCGCCGACGGACGUGUCAGGCGUCUGGUGUAUCGAGAUUAAACCCAAACAGGGAUGGGUGCACGAAGAAGACAUGGCGAGCGGCCCCGGCAUGGUGCGGGUCAAAUGCCCGUUCUGCGCGCACCAGUACUUGAAACUGGGCCGGGGCGACGUCCGGAGGCCGAGCGGUUACUGUCCGCUGGACAUGUUCUCUGGCCGCCGCGAACGGGUUCGGCGGGCCGUCGGCGCAUUGCUCUGGGACCCACAGAACAAUCUGAAAAUGUUCCUGGACGGUGACCCGCUCGUGGCCYUGGACGACGGAUUCAGAAGUGCGGCGAAGGCGGCGCUGGGCACGAUCCAACGGUUUUGUGCGUUGGUCACGGGCGCUCUGCUCGGCGAUUUCGAGGGCAGCCGGGACGUUCCGGUUGACGAAUUGGAUGCUUCGGAUGAAGACCACGAUGGCCAUAGUACCGUUUCGGGGGCGUUCCAACCGUCGUGCGACUUCGACGCGGUCCCGAUGCCUCCACAUUGCGUGCUGCACGAGAUCCUGACAAUGCAAAAGAUGCAAACGACCGGUUUCGUAGCCGUGUGUUCCGAGUACGACGGACGGCCACCGCGGGAUCCGCAGUUCGGUCACGUCUACCGACUGCGGCCGAACAACGGAGUCGACACCGCCUGGAGCCCGGUGGACGGUUAUUUGGUGGCCGCCACGGCCCGGGAUUGUUCCGUGUUUGUUACGUUCCGCCCCGACAGUUCAUUAACCGCGAUACGUGUCAAGGUGUCCGAUUUGGACCCGAAACCUUUGUCAACCGUUGACAAACACCGGAAUCGCGACGCAGACGUUUUGUUAGCUUGUCAACGAUAUUCGGUCUGGUAGUGGAUGACGUGUUGUGUUUUGGUGGGAGAGAAGUUGGGUUAAAAGUUUCGAUCAAGUCUUACUUCCUUUAUAAUUACUACGUUACGUAGCAAUCCAAAAUAUUUUCUAAUCGUGGAUGUAUGUAUUGUUUAUAUUUAACGAACAAAUUAAAUAAAUGCCGACAAUCACGAAAUAACA